UUUCCAGAUAGGUGCUUAUACCACUGAGCUGUAUCCCUAGCACCCCACCAGGAAUUUAUACUAUUACUGUGACCAUGCUGGCCUCCAGUGAAAAGACACUCCAGGCAAAUAAGAAAUGAAGAGAAUGCUUCAAGAAGCAUGUGUGUUUUCCUGAACUAAGAAGCUACUAUCAUCUUCCUGACUUGAGAGCCCUAGAAGACGUAGUUUCUAGGCUAAUAAAAAAAGAGGACAAAAAUCUUUCUGAAUCCCAAAUAACUUCUUGGCCUGCCGUUGACUGGUGUGCCGCAAGUAGAUGCUAUACCAGGCAUUAGGAUCUCCCCAUCAGGUGACUUGGAAGUGAUCAGUCUCUCUUGGGUAGAACUCCAGCACUGAGAAUCACUGCAGUCCUGAACAGACGGCUGCACCUCAGAUGCCAUCCUUGGCAACAAGCUUGUUGCUGACUAUGCGUGUGGUGGUGAUCGGAGCGGGGGUCAUCGGGCUAUCGACUGCCCUGUGCAUCUACGAGCGCUACCACUCCAUCCUGCAGUCACUGGACCUGAAGGUCUAUGCAGACCGCUUCACCCCACUCACCAACACUGACGUGGCUGCCGGCCUCUGGCAGCCCUACCUCUCUGGCCCCAGCAACCCACAGGAGAUGGCGUGGAACCAGCAGACCUUCGACUAUCUUCUGAGCCACAUCUACUCUCCCAACGCUGAGAAAAUGGGCCUGGCACUGAUCUCAGGCUACAACCUCUUCCACGAAGCUGUUCCGGACCCUUUCUGGAAAAACAUAGUCCUGGGAUUUCGGAAGCUGACUCCCAGAGAGCUGGAUGUGUUCCCUGACUAUAGCUACGGCUGGUUCCACACAAGCCUGAUUAUAGAGGGGAAGAGCUACCUGGAGUGGCUGACUGAGAGGUUAACUGAGAGGGGAGUAAAAUUCUUCCAGCGGAAGGUGGAGUCUUUGGAGGAGGUGGCCAGAGGAGGGGUGGAUGUGAUUAUCAACUGCACUGGGGUGUGGGCUGGGGCGCUGCAGCCAGACCCACUGCUGCAGCCAGGCCGGGGCCAGAUCAUUAAGGUGAAUGCUCCCUGGAUAAAGCACUUCAUUGUCACCCAUAAUCUCAAGAGUGGCAUCUACACAUCCCCAUACAUCAUCCCAGGGAUGCAGACAGUUACUCUUGGAGGCAUCAACCAGCUGGGGAACUGGAGUGAGAUAAAUAGUACCCAGGACCACAACACCAUUUGGGAAGGCUGCUGCAGACUGGAGCCCACAUUGAAGAAUGCAAGAAUUGCUGGUGAGCAUACUGGCUUCCGGCCAGUGCGUCCCCAGCUCCGACUGGAAAGGGAUCAGCUUCGUGUGGGAUCUGCAAGCACUGAGGUCAUCCACAACUAUGGCCAUGGAGGUUACGGGCUCACAAUUCACUGGGGCUGUGCUCUGGAGGCUGCUAAUCUGUUUGGGAAAAUUCUGGAAGAAAAGGAAUUGUACCGGAUGCCACCAUCCCACCUCUGAGGAAUCCAGUGACCAGCAGUGUCCCUGCAAGGAUUCCCCAUCCCCCCACCAACUAAUCAGUGUGCCCCCCUAGAAGCCUGUGUGUGCCCCCUGCCCCUAAUUCUGCUUCUUUCUACAAAUGUGCUUGAAGGAAGAGGAAGCCACAAGGUCUGUCCCUAGAGGGACAUCCAGCCCCACCUGCAGCCCCAUGAGUGCUGAGGUCACCCUCAGUCUCUGGGCCUGACACCGUGAGGAACAGUCCUCAGAAGAAAGGAAAACUCAGCGAAUCAAGGAGGCAGCUUCCCAAAGGCACAGAAAUUAAAGAUAAUUACUUGACUGUAAGUAAUACGAACAUAUUAAAGUUUCUGAAAAGGCCUGUA